AUGGAAGUGAAAGACAUUAUGAUUGUGGGCAUGAAAACGUAUCGGUCACGACCAAAACCGGGUCUCUAUCAGUUGCGGGUAGAGGAAGAAGUAGAAAGAUCAAGAGAGGAAGAGUUUUUGGGAGCUUCCUCUAUAGUUGGAGUGAAGUUGAGGGCUAGCAGCCACAAGUUUCUGUCUUAUCAUUCUACUUUUGGAGAAAAAGGGUUUUGCUUUGUUGAAUUCAAGGAAGUGUCAAUCAACAAUACAGAUCUGUGGGUUACAAGGACUAGGGAUCGAUCUUGGUUUUUUGAUCUCUAUGCAGAUGGAGAUAUGCUGAUCAUUGCUGCCUCAAUAUUGUUGUACAAGAACUUGAAUAAUUGUAUAGACUUUUACCCAUUUAGUAAUGCUCUUGUUGAUUUUCUUCUUGGAGAAUAG